AAAUUGAUUUUUGUUAAGACACUUUUUUAAUUGUGAAUGAUGUUGCCGACGACGUAAUCAGCUGUAUGUUUUGUUUACAAAUUUAAAAAGCCUGAUCAGCUGUUAUUUAUUGAAGUAUUUAACAAAUAAUCUAUUGAUAGCAUCAUUUAACUUCUUAAAAUAUAAAUUGAGCAAGUUUUCGAAAUAAAGUGAUAACGAAUAUUUGUUAAGGCAGUUGCCACUACUUGUAGGCGCUUGCAAGGACAACAACAAUUUCUGCUGCUUACCUUUACAGGAGAAUAAAAAAAUGUCAAAAUCAUCUAAGCGUUCGAAAAAGUCGAGCUCUCGAGAUGAGGAAACAAACUUGAUUAAUUUUUCUUUUUGUGACCAUAAAUCCAGCUUUAGGCACCUGCUACAAGGUGAUGACAAACAUUCGGCCUCGAUUGUAGAGGAUGAGGUAGAUUUUUGGAAAUUUGUAAAUAAAUAUGAAAGUAUGCUGCGUAGUGCAGGCCAACCAAUACUUGUCAAUCCAUUGCGAGAUUCGAAAGUAAAAGAAAUGGAGCCAUUUCACAAACGCAAGUAUAUCGGCUUGCAAUUGGAACGUGGUAGUGAUUACGAACAACUAAAGCGUGGUUGUCACAAUAGUGAUGAACGCGUAUUAACAAAACUUAAAGCACGUCAAUUUAGGGAGAUCAUACUCACCUACAUGGAUUUCAAGCAAAAAGAGAAGUUUGCUAAGAUUAAAAAACUACGCAAAUCCCAAAAAAAUUUACCAAUCGCCGCGUUCAAGCAAAAAAUACAGGAAGAGUUGAAACAAACAAGAGUUCUUAUUAUAGCAGGUGACACCGGCUGCGGUAAAUCCACACAAGUGCCACAGUAUUUGUAUGAAUUUGGUUAUCGCAGCAUUGCUUGCACACAGCCUCGACGUUUGGCUUGCGUUUCAUUGUCAAAGCGUGUAGCACACGAAAUGCUCGAUGAUUAUGGAUCUAAAGUUGGCUUUCAAAUACGAUUUGAAAAGAACAAAACAAAGAAUACGAAUAUUCUUUUUAUUACUGAAGGUCUUUUAUUACGACAAUUGGCUGUGGAGACGAACUUGGAGCAAUACGAUGUGCUCAUAUUGGAUGAAAUACACGAGCGUAAUCUCUUUGGCGAUUUUCUUUUGGGUGUCACUAAAUGUUUGCUACACGCCAAACCCGAUCUAAAGUUAAUUCUUAUGUCAGCCACAAUAAAUGUGGAAUUAUUUCAUAAUUACUUUAGAAAUGAAGGUGCCGCACUAAUAGAAGUGCCUGGUAGAUUAUACCCAAUUAAAACUAUGUUCAUGCCGCCACCAAGCUUGGAGUUAAAAGGUGGCGCAGGAGGUAGUAAAAGUGUGGCGAAGAACUCUAAUCGCCUAGAUCCAGCACCAUACAUACAAGUUUUAAGCUUAAUCGAUCAGAAAUAUCCAACAACUGAACGUGGCGAUGUUCUCAUAUUCGUUAGUGGUGUUAAUGAAAUCACAACUGUUUGCGAUGCUGCCAAGGAAUAUGCUGAGAAAAACUCACAUUGGAUUAUAUUACCGCUACACAGUGGCUUGGCGCUUGCUGAUCAAGACAAAGUAUUCGACUAUGCGCCAGAUGGCAUGCGUAAGUGUAUUGUGUCCACAAAUAUCGCUGAAACUUCGCUUACCGUCGAUGGCGUGCGCUUUGUUAUCGAUUCUGGCAAAGUGAAGGAAAUGAGUUAUGAUGCAUCGUGUAAAGGGCAACGCUUAAAAGAAUUUUGGGUAUCGAAAUCAUCGGCAGAACAACGUAAAGGACGUGCCGGCCGCACAGGACCAGGUACCUGCUUUCGACUCUUCUCUGAGAAACAAUUUGCCAGCUUCGAGGCAUAUCCGACACCAGAAAUAUUUCGUGUACCCUUGGAAACAAUACUACUACAAAUGAUUGCCAUGGGCUUGCCAAAUGUGCGUUCAUUUCCAUUUAUUGAAUCGCCGGAAGAGGAAUGUAUUGAACAAGCCAUUUGGUCGCUCAAACAGCAUAAUGCACUUGCAACUGAUGAAAAAAUCACGCCACUCGGCAAAUCGCUUUCUAAUCUACCAGUUGAAAUCACUAUUGGGAAAAUGCUUUUAAUGGGUUGUGUUUUUCCUGAUGUUGAGAAGAUAUUAACACUUGCGGCCACGAUGAGCGUGCAGAAUCCUUUUACAAAUCGCGCUUAUACGGAUCGCAAGUGUGAGCAAGAACGUGAAGCUCUGCAGUCCGAUCAGGGCGAUAUAUUUACAUUAUUACGCGCCUAUCAUGAGUGGCUGCAGAUGAAAUGGCAUAAUGAGAAUACCAGAAAAUGGUGUCACAAACUGGGCAUCGAGGAACAACGUUUCUACGAGAUCAGCAAAUUGCGUAAUCAAUUUCAAAAUAUUCUCGAAAAUUGCAAUAUGACAUGUAAAAAUGCGGACGGCACUCAGUUGAGCAGUGCGGAACGUGCGCGUCGUCACGGUGAAGUGCGUCAAUUGAAAGCUAUUAAACGCAAACAGAAGUAUCAAGAGCCGCGUAAACGAAAAAUACUCAAACAUAAUCAUGGAUAUGGUGGCGACGGCGGCGAAGAUGAGUUUGAUGAUGCUACUGCAGGUGAUGAUAUACGAAAUGUCGAUUUUCGUCUACAACAUGACACCGCCAAACUGGAGAUACUUCUGCACUCCUCCAAAGCGGACAAGCAGCGUGACGUGUUGCUACUCAAACUGAUCAUAGUUAGCGGUUUCUAUCCCCAAAUUGCAAUAGCCGAUGAAUUUAAUUAUUGUAAAAGUGGCAGUCAACAGUUUUUUCACACCUUCCUGAAACCCUUCAUAUCCAUACAUCCCAAUUCGUAUUUCGCCAAAUAUUUCGACGUGCUCAAAUUGAAUGAUAGCGAUAUUUUAGACAAGCCGAGCUACUAUACACCGAAACAGGUGCUAAGCACGCGUCAUCAAGUGCUGUGUUAUCAAAACUUGCUGGAGACUGCAAAGCCGUAUUUAAUGAACUCAAUACGUAUGCCCGCAGCACAGGCAUUGCUAUUAUUCUCCUAUUCAGUGGAUACAAAUGCAUCCGUUAGUCGAGUUGUAUGUGAUUCUUGGUUGUGUUUGGAUUUUCCUGUGCCAGAAACGGGCUGUGAGCUGCUAAGUCGAGCUAUAAAAUUGCGUAGGCUUUGGUCGAAAUUAUUAUCACAAAAAUUGACUGACCUGGACAAAAAUGUCGAGAGCCAAAGUGUGAAAAAGGAGAAACGGGAUAAAGAUGAAGAGGCCGAGCUUUGGGAAUCACUUAUUGAUUUUAUGAGUGCAAAUGUGAGUUAUACAAUUAAGCGUUUGCUGCCCGCCGAUUUAAAAUCACUCUACACACAUGAGAGACUAAGUAAUUUUGAGAAAUUCGACAUAAAUCCGUUUGCUGGCGAUUAUGAGAUUACGCAUAAUGAGCAAAAAGGUGGCAUAAAUGUGGCGGAGAAUGUAGUAUAUGGAUGUCUCCAAGAAGUGCAAUGGACUUUAAGUAUGGAAGCUGAAAUGCGGCAACACACUUGGAUGUGUAAAACUUGCGAAAUGGAAAUCGCAUUGGAUACUAUUGAGAAAUUGUUGCAUAAACGAUCUUGUAUCGCUCCGAAUACUUCAUCAAGCAAGACACACGAAACAAGCUCACCAACCCCUGGUAGCUCAGGAGCUGACAAUGGAAACGAGUCAUGCGAGUCAUGCCAAAAAAACUUGCAUAAUUUGAGUAAAAUUGAUAUUUUGAAGCAUAAAAAAUAUUGCAAUAAAACUGCUGAUUAAAG